AUUGUAAUCUAAAAUGAAGCAAAAUUCCCCAACUGAAUAAAAUUCCAGUUGCCUGUGACUGCAGAGUUUCACCACAGUACUUCCAUGGCGUCUCUACAAUCCAUCCACUUCUUGGCUCCCUCAAUCUACUACAACACUCACUUUCAGAGAAGUGAAAUUGAUGCUGGGAGAUGUGAUGGCGUAAGGCUCAUGAAAGUGGUGGCCACUGUAACAGGGCAUCUGCCACACGAGCAUUCCGGUGGAAUGAUGAUAUUGUCGAGUAGAUGGUGCAUCGCAAGAAAAUGUUAUGCGCCUAUGUGGCGACAUUUCGAUGCGAGGAGCAGCGGGGAGCUUUUGAUUUCAGGAUUCUGGGUAGGACCUGAUGUAGACGAUGGAUGGGGCUAUGUAGAGGCAUCGGUAUCGGUAUGUUGGAUAUUUUGAUACAUAUAUAUAUAUAUAUGUUUGUGACACUACACUACACUAUAACUACUGUUAUGUAUGUAUGUAUAUGUAUCUUCAUUUUUGGUAGCAAUGGAUGGGAUUGAGCUUAGGGGA